AUGUGUCUCAGCACAUCGGCAAUCGCGCGUACUGUUCAUCUACAGAGGCUCCCUCUGGCCACUUCACUUAUCGUUCGGCGAGCAUACUCUGUGCAUGUCGCACUUACACACAAACGACUUAUAGAUGCCGGCAUUCGCCAAGGGUCGGCGGGCUUCGCUGUUCAGAGACGCUGGCAGCAGACGACCGCUCAGGAAGUCGAAAACACCAACGUCGAACAUUCCCGCUUUGUAGCAGAGGCUUCGCCCAAGGCACGAUGGAAGGAGACAGGGGACGGCGUGAGCGGGAUGGAGGCGACAGGCGAGGACUUUGAGUCCAUUACAGAGGGCAAAGGGAAGCUAUCGCCUACGUCCUCCCACCUCUUCAAACUCAUCCUUCCCCUGGGCCAUCUCCGCUCACAGGAUGCCCCUCACACCAAUAUCAAGACACCCCCACCCACUGUAUUCCUCUUACACCCAUCCCAACCGCUCUCGCAUGUCGCCCGUCUCAUUCUCGCCCAGCUCGCCCCCGCGACACCUUCCAUCUCCUUCCGGAUCACGAUGCCGAGCGGGCGCACGCUUCAGUGGGCAGAGAGCACCGACGUCGGUGACUUCAUCCGCGACGCCGCUCGCGCAACCGAGUUCGUGGUGUGCAUCGGCGAGGACGGCGCGGAGGCGGAGGCCACGCGCCCAGGCGCGACGAUCCACAUCGAGGUGCCGAGCUUCGCAGACCGCACGCGCUUCCUCCGCCGGAGACUUGCGGUCGUCGACGAGGAGCUGCGCGAGAUGGAUGAGCUGAAGCGGGACUGCGAUCACCAGGCGCACCGGGGCGCGCACAGGAUGGCCGUCGGCGGGCUGGGGAUGCUCGUCGUGUACUGGGCCACGGUCGCACGGCUGACGUUCUGGGACCUCGGAUGGGACGUCAUGGAGCCCGUAACGUACCUUUCUGGCCUGACGAUGGUCAUCAUCAGCUAUCUGUGGUUCCUCUACCGGGGCCGGGAGGUAUCCUACUCCUCCGUGCUGCAGCACUCCGUAUCUGCGCGGCGCGAUGCACUCUACAAGUCGCGUGGCCUCGACGUUGAGCGGUGGCUGGACCUCGUCGGUGAACGGCGGGCGCUUCACAAGGAGAUCGGGAAGAUUGCUGAGGACUAUGAUGAGCGCGUGUGGAAGGCGAGGCAGGAGGAGCGCGAUGAGCGGCAGAGGGACAUAAGUAGCGCGAGUGGCGACGGAAGCGAGGAGGGGGAGAAAACAGGCGACCUUGCGCCGGUGCCGGACUCUGAGGAGAAGGAGAGGACGGACACUGCUGCAGCGCGAGUUGAGGAGCCGUUAACGGACCCGCAAGAGAGGCACAGAAAUGAAGACGAAGAUGGUCAAAGGAAUACCAAGACAGAGGCAAAGGAUUAG